GGUGCCGCUGCCCCGGGGGAAGCUCCCGCAGCGGCGGCUCCGCUGUGCUGUGCCCGCAGCCGGCGGUACCGGGUUCCCGGGGAGCCGCUGUGGGGAAACCGCGCUCUGCCCGGUGCCCGGGCUCGGACCGGCCUUGGGGGAGCGCGGCUUCUGCCCACGGGGCUGCUGAGGGUCUGCUGGGCGGGUGCCGGGCGGGCAUCUGCAGUGUCUCGCCGGGACACUUCUGCCUGUGGGAGCGAAGCCGCUGGCACCGCUGGGAGCCCCUGGGAAGCCGGGAACAGCCUCUGUGAGCUGCUGUGUGUUUCAGAAAAUGCUCUGAACGUGACCUGGACAGCGCCCACUGGAACUAAACCUGCCCAAAGCAAAUCCUCCUUCAGCCAGGGCCUGUUGGUGGUGAGCAGGGGAGCUGUGCAAGGCAUGGGCUCAGAGAACAGUGCUCUGAAGAGCUACAGCCUGGAGGAGCCGCCCUUCAUGCUGCCCACCGGGCACACCAUCUACCCGGCCGUGCUCCAGGAUGGCAAACUGGCCUCCGUGUUCGUGUACAGGCGGGACAGCGAGGAGAAGGUCAACAAAGCUGCCAAGCACCUGAAAACCUUGCGCCACCCUUGCCUUCUGCGCUUCCUCUCCUGCACCGUGGAAGCCAACGGGAUCCACCUGGUUACGGAGCGGGUGAAGCCCUUGGAGAUGGUCCUGGAGACGCUCUCUGCUGCAGAAAUCUGUGCAGGCAUCUACGAUGUGUUGCUGGCACUCAUCUUCCUCCAUGACAGGGGAAACCUAACGCAUAACAACGUCUGUUUGUCAUCCGUGUUUGUGAGUGAGGAUGGGCACUGGAAGCUGGGAGGAAUGGAAACAGUCUGUAACUUCAGUGAAGCCACCCCAGAGUUCCUGCGUCACGUGAGGUCGGUGCGAGACCAGUCGUGCAUCCCCUGCGAGGAGAUGUCUGCAGACUUCAAAAUCCUGCCCAGCAGCUACGGGCAUGCGAGGGACGCCUACGCCUUUGGGACAACAGUUGAGAAUCUCCUGACAGUUCUCAAUGAUCAGGUUUCAGCAGAUACUCUCUCCAGCUUUCAGCAAACCUUGCACUGUACACUGCUGAACCCAGACCCAAAGUGUCGCCCACCACUGUCCAGCCUACUGUCCCACGAGUUCUUCAGGAAUGAUUUUCUGGAAGUUGUGAAUUUUCUGAAGACCUUAACACUAAAGUCUGAGGAGGAGAAAACUGAAUUUUUCAAAUUCCUGCUGGACAGGGUGGCUGGCUUGUCAGAGGAGCUGAUAGCAUCACGGCUGGUGCCUCUCCUACUCAAUCAGCUCGUGUUUGCAGAACCUGUAGCUGUCAAGAGUUUUCUUCCUCAUCUGCUGGGCCCAAAGAAAGAGCAAAGUGGGGAGAGCCAGACCAGCUGCCUGCUGUCGCCAGCCCUGUUCCAGGCCCACGUGAUCCCUGUGCUGCUGAAGCUCUUUGAGGUGCACGAGGAGCACGUGAGGAUGGUGCUGCUCUCUCACAUCCACGCCUACGCCGAGCUGUUCUCUCGGGAGGAGCUGAAGAACAUCAUAUUGCCACAGGUGUUGCUGGGCCUGCGGGACACCAGUGACUCCAUCGUGGCCAUAACCCUGCACAGCCUGGCUGUCCUCGUCUCCCUGCUUGGGCCUGAAGUGGUUGUAGGUGGAGAAAGAACAAAGAUCUUCAAAAGCUCUGCACCAAGUUUCAUGAAAACUGCUGAUCUCUCCCCAGAAGGUUCCCCCAGUCACAGAGUGAGCAAUCAGAGAAACCAAACCUCUUGGCCCCUGAAGAGCAGUCCCAGCUUGUUCCCUAGCUCUGCAAAUGUACCUGGCAAAAAGCUUCUCGUGCAACAGGACAAUCCCCUGGCUUCAAAGACAGGUGAGCAAGGCACUCAGCCCCCCCUCAAUGGAAUUCCUGGAAGCAUUAAUACACUGGGGAACAGCAGGAGCUCUUUGACUACCUCAGAAAAGCCAGCAGAGGAGUGGCCAGACUGGAGUGAGCCAGAGGAGACAGACAAUGAGAAAACUGUGAACAUUCAAAUUCAGCCCCGGGAGCUGCGGGGCAGCGCAGGACCUUAUUUUCCUGAUCAUGAUAUAGAUGAGAAGCCUUGGGAUGACUUUGAACCUAGGAGCUCCAGUAGUAAACUGUCCUCAGGAAACUGCCCCACUGUGACACAGGCUGAUGCAGCUGAAAGGCCUCUGCCAGGAACCCAUCAACUGAGCAAAGAAUUCAAAAGCCUCAGGCUGAGUCCUCCCACAAAGUCUUGCCAUGAGAACAGCUGGAGCAACGACAAGUGGGACCAUGAGGAACAAUUGGGAGAAACUGUGUUGCCAAAAACCUUUCAGGAAAGGCUGAAGUCUUCAGAGUCUGGCCUGGGAGAAGAAUUCACGAUCAAAGUGAAGAGGAAACCUGUGCAAGACCCAGAGCUGGACUGGUUUGCUGACAUGAUCCCAGACAUUAAACCUUCUUCCGCCCUCUUGAUUUUACCUGAGGCAAGGACAGAAGCAGUUGUUCCUACUGACUCAGGUGGGGUGUCCAGCAGAGAAGGUGCCUCCCAGACUCUGCUGUUUUCAUCCAAAUUUGCAGCAGCUGAUGUGAUUGAGGCUGAAGCUACAGGCUGGGGUGAAGAAGAGGAGUUGAACUGGGAAGAUGAUACAAACUGGUAACAGUUCUGAAGGAGACCAAGGCGAUUUAUGGUGUGUUGGAUCCUGUGACAGGAGUUGCUGCUUCCCCAGUACAAUGGAUAAAGUACCUCAGCACUGCUUUUGCCACAAGGCAGGCACUUACUGCACAGCCACAAGAUCCUGUGGGGCCUGAGCUCUUGCCAGGGAUGCUCCUUCCCAGUCUGUGCCAAAAGCUGCAGGGGUGAGCCUGUACUCCAGCAAUAUGCCCAGCUGUGGUGCUGCCACUGCUCCCGGAGAGAGGACAGCGUGAUGGUGGUGAUGGUGCUGAUGUGCUACUGGAGGUCAAGAGUGGUGUAGGAGAUUGAUCCAGAACUCACCCCUUCCCUGAAAAACUGCUGACAAUAAAUGAAAGUCACACUGAGUUUCUUAGUUAAUGUGCCUUUUUCCUUUGGUUUUCUUGUUUUUUUUUUUUCCUUUCCCCAAAAAAUAAAGCCCUUAGAAAUGGCUCCUUUUAACUUUUCAGCUAAGAGAUGAUUUUAAGAUGAAUGUACAGUUUAUUCAACUUAUUUAUUUCUGUUUGUAUAGUUCUGUCAAUGGAUGGCACAAGAGGUGCUAGGAACCAUACAGUGAACAACCACAAACUGAUUAAGCACCAUGUUCUUUCUGCUCUUAACUGUGACCAAUAAAGACUAUUUUUAAAGGA